AUGCUGGUAACCUAUUUGGAAGCCAGCCGGGACCUUUGCGAGACCGACUCAAUUGUUUUUGGCGCCGCAGUAGCAGCUUGCCGUAUAAUUGGCGCCAAACUUCCCAUGGCUGGAUGCGUUACUAAACAAAGUAACGCCAUCCCAGCCUGGAGAAAAAGAAUUGAGGACCGUAUCGUAAAGGCAAGGGCCCUUAUCGGCAGACUGACAAGCUUCAGGUCGGGUAAUAAGAGACCAAGGGUUGUGCGCACCGUCAGAAUGGCGUUUGCUGGGACAAAUAUCAGUUUGUCCCAGCCGGAUAUCACGCAAAAACUAACGGAGCGCAUAGACGACCUGAAGAAAAUAAUCGCUGCUUGGGGGAAGCGGAUUCGACGACUUACCGAAAGGUCAAAGCGGUCCAACCAGAAUCGUCUCUUCCAGAGUGAUCAGAAGAUACUCUAUAAAUCAUUGGAGCGACCAGAGGUAUGUGGAGCGGGCCCAGGACCGGAUCAGGCUAACACUGUCGCAUUUUAG